GGUUGAGGAGUGUUGGAGUCGUAGAGAGAGGGAAACAGUGAUCAACGAUUCAAUGCCUGCACUUCGCAUCGUAAGCAAGAUUUUUUAUUCGGUGAAACGAAGGUGCGAAUAUCAUUACCGAACUAUCUCCUCUACGGCGCAGCUGCAUGAUUCAUGGAUGGAGAAGGUCAAAACCGUCUUCACGGGCCAAAAAGGAACCACCGACGAAGACGCAUCCCAAGCCAGCUCCGACUCAUUCACCUUGCUCCAAUUUGCGGAUGGAAUGAAUAAUGCAAGAAGAAUUGGGAAGUUUAAGCAAUACAUGGUUGGACGAAGCAGCGAUGCCACUUUCUCUGUCGCCUUCGAAAAAUAUGAAGCCAUAAUUCGAUAUCUCGGGGGUUUGGACCCCACUGGAGAGAACCUCCAGAGCGCUCAAAAGCAAGAAGCUGCUAAACAUUGUAAUUGCACGAUCGUUGAUGUUGAGAAUGCGCUUGCCAAGUUUACUUGGGCUAAAGAAGCACAGCAGAAGAUAGUGAAGUUAAAAGAAGAAGGAAAACCAAUGCCAACAAGCUUCGCUGAAGUCCAAAAGCUGGUUGGUUCAACUCCAUUGGAUCUUGCAAAGUCUAAUCUGGCUCAAGCUGGACAAAUUAGCAGGAAUGCACUCUGUCCAUGUGGUUCAAAGAAGAGAUAUAAAAGGUGCUGCGGAAAGGAUUGAAGGAAUUCAGAAAUUGAACGUUAAACUGCAAGGACGCCUGAUCUAUGAUACAGGCACCUACCACGAGGGGCUGAAUUGAUCUGCACUCGUACUCUGUUUUAUUUGGGUCAGAUCAAGCUGCCCAUACACUAGACUGAAGCAUGCUCACUGUAGGCUGAUGUUAAGAUGAGAUUUUGUUUUUGUUUUUUAAUUUAUUUAGCUUUCUAAUUUUUGAGGUGCGCAUAGGCAGAAUGAAGCAUAAUAGUUUUGUUCAGUUGAAGAGUAGUUAGUUUGUUCUCUUCUUUCCCUUGCUCUUACCUAAAUAAAAGGCAAGAGAAUAAGAACAUUAGUUAGAGGCAAAAUAUUAGCUUGUUUCUAUGUCCUCUCACUUUGGUCUUUUGUUGAUCCACUGUAUACUACUGAUUUCAAAGUCAACUUCAACUCAUUUGUUCACUAAUUUCUAUCAAAGUUUUAUUACAUCUGCCAAAUUUAGGAUUUGGCUCACAAUUUGCUUCAAUUGAAUCAGGUUUAAGGUAUAUUUGGUAAAGAUGAAAAAAAGGAGAGAGACACAAAUUGAUCACACUUCUAUAUAAUAUGUUUACCUUUCCAUAUUAUUGCUUUAUUCACUUUGUUAGUACUUUCAUAUUCCUUUUUAUAAACAAUAGUUUUAACCCUCUGGAAAAUAUGGUUCAAGGACGGCCAUAAAUUGAUGUUUUGAGUUGAAGAUGCUCGUACACUUAGUUAUUGGUAUUUGAAAGUGCUUAAAUUACUUAGCACUCUAGAUGGAAAGGUAUCACAUAUAUGGCAGAAGUAUCUGCAUAAAGUGUUCUGCGCUAUUAGCUUUGGACUCCUGUUACUCUCUGCUUAGUUAUUGGAAUUUGAAAGUGCUUAAAUUACUUAGCACUCUAGGGAUGGAAAGGUAUCACAUAUAUGCCAGAAGUAUCUGCAUCAAGUGUUCUACCCUAUAAGCUUGGACUCCUGUGAUAAUUCUCUGAUUCACAUGAGAAAUGAGACACUAUCUGAACUUUGUUUAUUAAUUAUAUGAGAAACUUAGUUUAAACUAAUUUGCAUUCACAAAACAUACAUAUAGGGAGACUUUACCAAGUAAUCAAAGAAAUGCUUAACCUUACGGGUUCGUGGCUAAGUUGGGAAGGUGUAUAAUGAGUGGAUUCUAUUUUGGUAGUGGGGUCGGCUUUUUUUUUUGUUGGUAAAUUACCCUUUUUUUCUACAACAGUACAAAUUCUUUAUUCCAAAAUAAUGUGUAUAUUUAAUUGGAUAUAUAAUUAUUCUAAAAUGAUAUAUAUAUUUAAUUGGGUAUAGAGUUCCGAGCUAGAGUGGAGAAAAAAAGAGAAUAGAUAAGCGAUGUUGACGAUUUCUUACUGUGGGCAGGGGAUGAUGAAAUGACUCGUAAUCUCCGAUGGAAGAUGUGUGGUUCAAGGGAAGAGACUUUGGUAUAUUUAAGAGAUGUUUGCAUACCUCACCCUUGGCGUCGCUCAUUUGCCUCGAUGAUUGUUCUAUAGGUUUUAUUUUGGUGCAUCCUUGGUCACGCGAUGAAAGGUGCAAAGCUCACAUAUGGUAUGCUAUAGCGGUCAAAUAUUGGGGCCAAGGGAUACUGACCAAAGUACUCAAAAUUGCGGUGCCUUAGGACUCAAAGAAAGGAUUUUGUACCGCUUUCUCCCCUAUGGACACUUUUUGGUGUCUUUGAACUCAAGUUCCAGUUUUGGUCUCGUUUUUGUGCUUGUUUGCUUAGCAGCUAAGAAAUGCAUGUAAAACUCAUCACGAACCACUGAAACUCUUUGGAAGUGACUUUUAGGACUCAAAGGAAGGCUUCGCCAUCGCUCUUUUCGCUCUUGGCGUUUCUUAACACCUUUGGGCCCAAGUUCUAGUUUUGAUUUCGCUAUGGUCCCCUUAUGCUUAGUGGCUAAGUAACGCGUGCAAACCUUGUCUCGGGCCAAUAAAACUCCUUGGAAAUGACUCCUAGGACUCAAAGAAAGGAUUCCCCACCGCUUUCUCUCCUCCUAGCGCUUCCUAGCGCCUUUGGGGCUAAGUUCCUGUUUUAGUCUCGCUUUGGUCCCCUUUUACUUAGCUGCUAAUGAACGCGUGCAAAACUCAUC